CCCCUCGCCGCAAACGAAAACAAAACACAAAACGGAGAUCUUGUUGAUGUGUUGCUUCUCUGAAAAUAUUUCUUUCGACCCUCGCCCUUUUCAAAUUAAGAAGUAGUAUCGUACAACCGUCUUUCCUGAAGAAUAUGGUAACUCAUAUCUGAGUGAAUUCAACGUCACAAUGGAAUCCUCCAAUAAACGGAGUGAAGUGACUCCAGACGAAGCGACGCAGACGACAGAGUCAUUCCAACCUCACAAUGAAAACUUCAAAAGCAGAGAAGAUUACUUUCUGUCACUUCAGAAAUGGAUUAAUGAUGCUCAAUUGUGGCAGAACUCAAUGUCAUGUAUGCCCUAUUUUUUUCUGAGUCAUCCGGAACUUUUUGGAGUUGUACCUCCACUUCCACCAGGCUACAUAACUGACCCAAGCAGACGUCAAACAACUGUUCCUACAAUUUCUUGGUCAGCUUCUGUGCAAGCUCAGCCAGGUGUCAAUCGCACCCCAAAUACUACCCCUGGAGCUUUGCGAUACAAGGUCCCACCCUACUGGAAAAGGUUCUGUGCAGAAGUUGUUGACUCUGUGAUAAUGUUCACUCUUAAGCUGCUCAUUACAUUCAUAGCUAUACAUGUUUUUGGGCUCAUUGAUUUAGAUAAAUACAGCAUAGAAAUGCUUCAACAAAAUGUUCAGAGUCUGACUUACAAGGUGGCUGUUGAGAUGACCUCACAGAUCCUUGUUCUUGAACUUGUGAACAGGAUUGUGGUUUGUCUUCUUGAGGCAUACUGGCUGCGUGGGGGAGAAGGAGGAAUGGUUGGUGGUUCUUCUCCAGGAAAGAAUUUAUUUGGCUUAAGGGUUGUUUUAUGCUAUCAGGCACAUCCUGUUCCUGGUCAGCCGAAUGAAGUUGUAUCUGUCACACCUGGAACAGAUCUUGGCUGGGGCUUUGCUCUUACCCGGUCUCUUUCUAAAAAUGUUUUCCUGGCCCUAAUUUAUCCGCUUUGUUUUGCAUUUUUCUUUUUUAAGUUUAACCGUUUGGGCUAUGAUGUGAUGUCUUACUCAAUCGUUGUUGAAAGUGUUGACCACAAUAACAACCGCAGAUGAUA